AUGAGUCAGAAGAAAUCUAAAGUAUCUAACUUAACUGUUAAAAUACAAGAAGAAAAUCAAAAACAAAUAGAAAAAGAAAGUAUAGAAACAUGGAUUAAAGAAAAGAAAGAAACCAAACAAUUUGAAGAUAUUGCAAGAGAAAUGAGUAUAAAUAGUAUCAUUGACAAAAUAAUAUAUCAAGAAUUACAACAAACAGUAGAAAAAAGCUUUAAAAGCAUUAAAGCUACAAUAAUAGUAGCAACAGGAGCAAUAGCAGUUGGAAAGACAACUGCAUUAUUAGAAAUUAAAAACUUCUUUGAGAAGCAAGGAAUCCAAGUAUUCCAAUUCAAAGCAAUAUCAGAAAAAUCAUCAGAAUUAUUAAAACUAAUGUACUCAGCAAAGCAAAACACAUUUGCAUUACAAAUAUUCAUAUUACAAGAAUUCCAAAAGAAUUUAUUACAAUUGAAAAUAUUGGAAUUAGAAGGAGAAAUCAAUGAGAAAACAAUAAUACUCUUUGAUAGAGCAGUACCAGAUACAAUAAUAUUCGAGAUGAAUAAUAUUCAAGAUGUACAACAAAUGGAAAUACUAAGAAAAAUGAGAAAAGAUCUUAGUGAAAACCUGAUCAAUCAAUAUGAUCAUCGAGAAUCUGACAAACAAAUAUCAGAAGAAUAUCUAGUCAAUAUAUAUGACAGAUAUGAAGAAAUGAUUGAAAUAAUAUAUCCAAAUUAUAUCGAAAUCAACAACAAUCACAAAGGAUUGAAUGACAUGCUUAGAACAAUCUUUAUCAAAAGAUCAAGAAUUAAAAAUGAAAAUCAAUUAUACGAUGAAACAGCAUUAACAGAAUUAUCCAUAAUGCUACCAGAAAUACUAAUAGAAUAA